CAAAAUUUGCAUGCAUUACGAAACAUGAUAAUGAACUUUCGAAUUUCCCCGUUGCACUAAUCCAGCAAGUCAUUCGGGACUCGGAAGCUCAAUAGUUAUCAGCGCAGUCGGACGGACUCACCCCAAAUUACAAAGUUUAUAUUAUUUAUUUAUUGUAUAACAACUAUCAUGGCUGGCAAUAAAACAACAAAACCAAAAGAAAACAAUACUAUUAUUAAAUUUUAUUUAAUAAUGUAUAACUUUCUACAAGUAUUAGGUUGGUGUGACAUAUUAUACAAAUUAGUUAAAUAUCAUUUAGGUGGAGAAGAUAAGAAUAAAACCUUAUGGGAAGUAGUACAAUUUUCUGUUAAUAUCUUCCAAAAUGCUGCUGCUUUAGAGAUUGUGCAUGCUAUCACUGGGGUAGUAAAGUCAAAUCCAAUUAUUACUACAUUCCAAGUUUUGAGUAGAGUUAUGGUUGUGUGUGGAGUUAUAUUAGCAACUCCUCCAAGCUAUGCAGCGGCAUCACCUGGUCUUCCUCUAGCACUGUUAGCCUGGUCUGUAACUGAAAUAAUCCGAUAUGGCUACUAUCUUGCAAAUCUUAUAGGAUUUGUACCGCACUUCUUAGUUUGGCUAAGGUACACUACAUUUAUUAUAUUGUACCCUAUUGGAAUAACAGGAGAACUAUUGUGUCUUUAUGCAGCUGUUCAGUAUACUGCCAAAGAAAAAAAUGCAUGGAGUUAUGUUCUUCCUAAUGAGUGGAAUUUUACUUUCAGUUACCAAUAUUUCCUUAUUGGAGUAAUGCUGUUAUAUAUUCCAUUAUUUCCUAAACUCUAUUUGCACAUGUUUUCUCAAAGACGCAAAACUUUAGGCACAUCAGAACAAGUUUCUAAGAAACUUCACUAAUUUCAAUUCAAUGAAUUAACCAUGGAAAGUAGAAACUAAUUAGCUAUAUUCCAUGACAGUAUUUUUAUAUUGGAGGAUUUAAGACAACUGAUGGAAGAUCAUUUCCAGAUCUGUUUUAAUUUUUAAAAUGAUGUAUACUAUUAUAUUUAAUAAUCUUAAAAGUUGUAAAUGAGUGUUGGGUUUUGUAUGAUGCAAAUAUAUAUAUAUAUAUAUAUAUAGUAAAUUAUAUGGUGAUAAUAAUGUUAAA